AUGUUGUUACAGAAGGCAAUAGAGAUACCCCACAGGUUGCCCAAGCCAGAAGAACUCAAGGGCAGACAGUAUUGCAGAACCAAACAGAAGGAUUAUCUGAGGCCUGCUCAGUACAACAGAAGAAAGAUAGAGCAGCCUAAGAAGGAAAUACCAAUUAAGAUGCCCGGGAAUGAAAAGCCCUUGGCAACUAUCAUGGAAGAUAGAUGGUAUUCUGUGGGAAAAAGUGGUACUUCCAGUGACCAGUUCUGCCAGAGAAGGGAAGAAUCUAGAACAACCUGCCAACCACAAAAGCUGGUAAAAGCAGAGUCUCCAAGCAGGCCCUUUAUCCAUCUUGCCUCAUCCUCAGUCAAUCAGCUUGAGCCUUCACAAGCAGAAGAUGACCAGAACGGACUCAUCGAGACAGGAGAACAGGGAGACUGGACAGAAGAAUAUGGAGAAGAGCAGAUGGAGUAUGAUGGACAACUAGAUGAAGAAACUGAGGAUUUUAGUGCAAAAUUGGAGAGCUUGUUGCAGGGUGAUCUGGGCAUCAACAUGGUCUUCAUCUUGCCAGAAGAAUUCAGGGCAGCAGAAGGGCAAGAAAACACUCUGGAGGGAGACGUUUUCUCCCAAGAAAGCUUUGAGUGCAGGUUGGCAGAAGUAGAAGAGGCACCAGAACAGCAAACACCUACUGCCAAGACAGGUGGAACUGCCAUGAAACUGGCUGUAGAACAGCUUUGCUUCUCCAAACCAACCAAGGAGAUGGACAAUCACCUCAGACCUUUGUUCAUAACACCAAACUUUGGGGGUAUUCCUAUUCCCAAGGUCAUGGUAGAUGGAGGUGCAGCCAUUAAUCUUUUACCCCAUAGCUUGCUAAGCAAGAUGGGUAGAACAGAGAAGGAUUUAAUUCCAACACGUUUAACUGUCACCAAUUUCGUUGGGGGCAUCACCAGGACUCAUGGAAUCCUGGAUGUGGAUUUUUCUACCACUUCUUUGUGGCAGGGACUGGAUUCACCAGAGCUUAUGUGUUCCUUCCAUUCUACAUCAACAAUUAGCCAUUUGGAAUGA